UGUUACAAAAACAACCAACACGUAGUAAAACUGCCAACCGGGAAUCUGUUCGUGAGAGCAUCCAAAGACUUCGCCGCUGCACCCAGCCCUGCCAGGAUAACGACCAUGUGUUUGGAACAAGCUCCGUCGUGAUUUGCACGCUUCUUCAGCUACGCCGCUGCCUCCGACCCUGUCAGAUUAACGACCAUGCUGCAAGAUGAGCCCAAUUCACGAGACGCAAGGAGUCAAUAUAACUGAAUGACUGCCCGCUGCCCCCAGCCCUGCCAGGUUAACGGGUAUGCCUUCCAGUCAACUCACACUCAGUCACAGACCCCCGUGAUUGAAUCAUCUCACCCUCGGCACUGUGUAUGCCAUACCGUCAUCGCCUAAAUGCCACAACUUACAAUUAGAAUCCCGUCUGGAUGAUCGUUUUGGACGCAAAAAUGCCUUGGUAGCAGGUGAAAGUGCUUCCUCUUGUGGCUUAUUCUUCUUUCUUUUGUUUU